AUUGGAUGGUGGAUCUUCGCCUGGUAGCUUGUUCCAUAUCUAACACGGUAAUUGCCAGCUUUGGGUUUCUCGAUGGUGUAUCGAACCCGUCGGUCAUUGGAUUUGAUGCAAAUCCACCCCCGGGUCCGAAACUCGUACGAGCAGAUGUGUUGCUAGCCGGAGAAGAAGGAGAUUCGCGGGCGGCGACUAGGCCGGACUGGUCGAAGGACGGGACAUUUCUGGUCUUCCAGUACCUAUUGCAGCUCGUGCCUGAGUUUGCUGAUUUCUUGAGGAAGCCUCCUAUCAUCAUCAUGCCCGGGCUUUCGCCUGAGGAUGGUAGCGAGCUGAGAGAUGCGAAGAUGGUCGGAAGGUGGAAGAGCGGUGCACCUAUCGAUAUCACGCCACUCAAAGAUGACCCCGAAUUAGCUGCCGAUCCUCAGAAGAACAACGACUUCAGUUUCGAAGGGGAGCGCGACGACCAGUUCCGGUGCCCAUUUGCUGCUCACAUUCGGAAGUCGCGAGACUAACAUGUAAUGAUCGCAGGCUGGGAAAAUUCAGUCAAUUUUCUACCAUUUCAUCAAACGCCGGCUAAGCCAGGAUUCGAUCCAAUCAUCGGACAGGCUGGAAAAGGAGGGAUCAGAACGUUGUCAGGGACCGAUCCUGCUGAUCCCAAUGUCGAGCUUGCUUUGAUAGAGCAAUCUGUUGUUCCUCGUGGUGGUGAAUACUUCUUCACACCUUCUAUCAAGAGUUUGAAGGAGACUUUUUGCGAGGGCAUGAAUUUCUUCUUGUUCCCAAAUUUCCUGCUCUGUGUAUCAAAGCUUUUUGGACUAUAAUUUUUCGGUUUGUGAUAAGAUGAAAUGACCUGACUACUGCCUGCC